UUCUCCCUCCUCUCCUCUCCUCUCCAGCGCCUCCCUCCCCUACUGUUCCUCCUCUUAUCGCUUCCGCGCUCGAAUGGCUUCACACCACUCUACGCAUUAAAGAAGAACCCGCCCGGUCCACCCUCUGACACCCCCUUCAAUGAGGCAGCCGCACCUCCUCUCGCCGCAGCUCUCCCCCUCCCCCGUCCUCUCCUCCCACUUCUCGCCGCCAGGGGCCUCGCCAUGGCGGCGGCGGCGGCGGCGGGCGUUCCACCCGCCGCUCUCCUCGCUGCGGGAGCCCAACAAGACCACGCUCCGCAAGGCCUCGCCCAACGUCCCCUUCCGCCUCGGCGGAGGCGGGAGCGGCAGCCCUAAGGACCGCCGCCCGGCCGCCGACGACGAGGAGGAGGCGGAGGAGGAGGAGGAGGAGGGCGGCGGUGGCGCGGGGGCAGUCACCGGGACGCUGCUCGCCGGGGCGCUGCUGGUUGGGGUCGUAGGGGGGUUUGGGGCGGCCGGGUACGUGUACAAGGACCAGAUCAACUCCUUCCUCACGCAGUUCUCAGGGUUCAUUGAUGGCUAUGGCCCUGCUGGAUAUGCUCUGUUCAUACUUGUAUAUGCAGGAUUAGAGGUUCUCGCGAUUCCAGCAAUACCUUUAACCAUGUCAGCUGGUCUAUUAUUUGGUAGUGUCACUGGUACAAUUGUUGUUUCAAUUGGUGGAACACUAGCUGCAGCGGUGGCCUUUCUUAUUGCUAGAUACUUCGCCAGAGAGCGAAUUCUUAAAUUGGUUGAAGGAAAUAAGAAGUUUCUAGCAAUUGAUAAAGCAAUAGGUGAAAAUGGAUUUAAGGUUGUUACUCUGCUUCGUUUGAGUCCCCUGUUACCGUUCUCCCUUGGAAACUACCUAUAUGGUUUGACUUCAGUGAAUUUCUUGCCUUAUGUCUUGGGCAGUUGGUUGGGAAUGCUUCCAGGAUCAUGGGCAUAUGUAAGUGCUGGUGCAUUUGGGCGAGCUAUAAUUCAAGACGACUCGGAAAUUGGUUUGGGAGGAAAUGGCCAGCUAUGGACACUGGUGUUAGGGUUAUUAUUGACAGCCAUUGCUGCUGCUUAUGUAACAAGGCUUGCGAAGGAUGCUGUAAAGGAUAUCGACGAAUAGAAUGGUAGGAUUCUCUAGUAGAAAGUGCCAUCCGGAUAGUAUACUAGCACAUUGUACAUCACUGGCACCUUUGGUGCAAUUUAAUCUAACAGAAAUUCAGAGCAAAUUUCUGAGGGAAUUUGAUCUCU